ACCAAUCCCGGCUGGGCUUUUAACAGUUGAGCGGCGAGGGUCCCCAGGAGGAAGAGUUUGGUUGUUUUGGGGCGGCAUCGCCACCACAACAACUACCACCACCACCCCCUCCAAACGCGGAUUGCCGCCCAGCCGAGGCCUCUACCUUCAGCGACGAGAGUAAAGGAACAGAAGCAUCCUCGAGCUGGACGUCAACGCAGGCGAGAUUCUAAGAAGUUUGGUGGCUCGUAGGAACCGAGCACACUUAACUUGGAUCGAGUCAAGUUCCAAAAUUAAUGGACAACAAUUCUUUUGUUAUUUCAUACCACAAUCACUUACAUUACAUGAACGAUCGGCAUUUAUAACGACUGCCUCAUUUACAAGCCUGUAAAUGAGGCACCGCGCAAUGCAAUUAUCGCAGACAACGCAAGCCCUGCGGAACUCCAUUGCCAUUUUUUGAAGCCGAGCAAUUCGAUGGACGAAGAGGUGGGCGCCUAUGCGCCCAGCCUGCCGUGGCAUGGGACUGCCAGGCUUGGUGAUGGCAGUCGGACACCGGGGGAGAACGAUGGGCGGCUGUCUCUCGGAGAGAUGGCUUGCCACUGCUGCUAUGAGCUGCUUCUUGACCCAACCACGCUGACAUGCGGACACAGCUUCUGCCGCCACUGCUUGGCGCUCUGGUGGAACUCCUCGCGCCGUGCGGAAUGCCCCGAGUGCAGGCAGAUGUGGCAGGGAUUUCCCCGGACAAACAUCGUGCUGCGGGGCGCGAUAGAGAAGUUGUUUCCCGAGCAGCUCUGGCACAGACAGCAGGAGGUGCUGAGCAACGGCAAGACGGCACAGACCCUGGCGGCGUUUGAGCAGCAGGGCCAGGAGCAGAUCAGCGCCGCCAACGGGCGUCCGGCGGUUCUUCGCCAGGGCACCGCGCGCAGUUUCUUCUCGGGCGUUCUCACGGCGCUCACCUGCGUCGCGGUGAUGCUGCUGGUGUACCACUGGAGCAGCGGAGACACGGGCGAGGAGAUGCUUGUUCACAAGUCUCUGAGCAAGUGGACGAGCAGUGACGUGGGGCUGUGGCUGGAGCAGUUGGGCAGCUGGACUGUACCAUACCGGGAAACUUUCCAACAAGAGGGUGUGAAUGGCAGGCUUCUAUUGAGCCUCACGGAAGAGGAGCUCAACCUGCCACCGUACGGUAUCGAGAAGCCGGCUCAUCGCAGAGCUCUCAUCACAGCCCUGGAUAGCAUGAUAUCUUUGGGAGUCAAGCCCCCACACAAUCUUUGGGAGUACAAGGCAAUGCAUGCAGGAAAGUCUCUCUUCCUCCUCUUUUUGUUGAAAAGUUCACCUCGCCUUGCCAUCUUCUACCUUUACCUGUUUGACUACACCGAGCUCUUCUUGCCGCUCAUCCACACGUGCUGCCCCGGCCGCGUGCAUGAGGAGGAGGCUGAACUCUUCCGCGGUGGCUGGCCUGACAGUCCGAGCUGGGAGCAGUGGGCUGAGUUCCUACCCAAGGCGAUGGUGAUGCCCUACGUGCUGGUGGGGCGGUUCGCCUGGGAGUGGCUGGAGGUGCACUACUGGACAGCUCGCUUCGUUGUUAUCAAUGCAGCUCUGCUCACGCUGCUGGAAAUCUUCGCGAUCAAGCGCUUCUGUCUGCAAGGGGAGAUCCGACGGUUGCCCCGGACCCUUUGGAACGACUUCUGCCGCCUAUUCUCACAGGGCGCCAUGGUCACCAUUUUCUGGCCGGUGCUGCCACAGUUUGUGUGUGACUGUCUCUUCUACUGGGCGUUGUACUUCAACCCAAUCAUAAACCUGGAUCAGGUCACCAAGGAAGUCCGCCGUAUGUUCACACAGGAAGCGUGAAUGCUGGUCGGCAGAUACGAGUGAUAAAACGUAGGGAGUUUUUGCCAGGGAUGCAGUCUGGGGGAUUGUUUAAUUGUGGGCAAAUGAGCAAGAACAACAUUAUUUUGGAAGUGCGUGGUUGGCUGUAGCUGGAUAGCACCAUGGUAAAAUGGGUAAGGAUGGGGCUGCCUCCCCAAACAUUUGUGGAUUUGCACUGCUUCAGACCAUGCUUGAGAUGGGGAAACCCCCCCAAUGGUGGGUGCAAAGCAUGCAGCCAUGGUGAGAUCUUUUUUUAAAAAAAAUAUUCAAAUACAGAUGAUUUAAAAAAAAUGUGAAGCGCAUUGAUUGUGUUCUAUUUUGUGCAAAAAAUAAAACAAAUAUUUUGUUUUUUCUUUGAGCUGACAUUUUCCAAAGAUGUAAUGGACAAUAAGGUAUAUAAAAAUUAUGAUCAACAUAAACAUAGGAAGAUGUGAUCUUUUUAUACAUGGCUUCCCUUAGCAAACAUUUACUUCGUCAGCAAAUGAGAAUUUUUACUUUGCUUUCAUGUACUAUACAAUUUUAACAUCGAUUACAAUUUACAACGGCGGUCACAAUGGUGUUAGGGUACUUUGCGUAAAGUGAUGGUAUCCACCUCUGAUGCUCAUCAUCAUCGUCAUCAGCCACGAUCAAUCCACUGCUAGAUUGAUCCUCAGUGCUCUUCUCGAUGUUUCUUAAGUACCUGGGCUGUAGACAGUGAGCACGGGCGAACAUUUUGUGUACAUUUUAGUGCCUCUGGGUUUUUUUUUUUAAGCUGAGAACCAUCUAAGAUUCCAGAGGGCAGCCUUCUCAAAUGAGCGUACACCACCGUUAAAGUGUGAGUUGUGAUUGUCCAUAUUCAGCCAAAAUUGACUGAAUUUUAUGGCAUAGUGCAAAUAAUUGUUUAUAUUCUCAUGUUGAAAUUUAUGACAAUCGAUCUUUUUUUUCAGAAUCUUGAGACUUGAAACGUAAACGAUAAUUUCUUAAACUGUGAAAACAAAUGUUCCUUCAUGUUUGUUGUUGGAACACAAUGUUAAAGAUUAUGUGUUCAAUGUUCAUGCUUAUAUCAUUGGUAAGAUUAAUUACAAAUCUUCGUACUUUUCAAUCCUUCCAAUUCUAUAUUUGCCUUAAUUACAUUACAGUUACAUAGAAAUAUUUUUCCAAUUCCAAAGCAGUGGAGCAAAUGGAACGAGGCAAAAACAGGGUAUACUUUCUAUAACAGUAUUCAGUGCUACAUAAAUUAAAAGGAAAGAUAAAAUAUUGAUCUUUUCACGUAAAAAAUAUAUAGACAAUUUUCUUAAAUUGUGGUAGUUUCAUGUUGUACAAGUUAUCUGCACAUCGAAUGGGGUUUCUUAAAUAGGAAAACUAAAUUCCUACGUGUGUCAUAGAAAGUUUAUAAAAAAAAAUGUUUAUCGUUUUUACUUUUUUUAAGUAUGCGAACACACCUGCUAGCUCAAAUAAUUCAGUAUGAAAAAAUAUGUUUAGGGAAUACAAAGCAUCUCCGCCAAAAUAAUUAUACAUGUUUAUAUCGUAUGUCAAAAAGGCAAGGUAGUCAUAACAUGUGCACGAUUCCAAAGUGAUGUACACAUGAUUGAAAAGGUUUCCCUCUGGACUUUGGUGGAAUGCACGGCACUGCAUGAUGGCCUUCCUACUCUGUCAGUCAUAAUGGUUAUUUGAAUGGAGGUGUCUAAGACAAUUCGUUAAUGUUAGCCAUAAACUGAAUCGAACUCAGGUUUCUGGGUUCGUAGCGCAAUGCGCUGACCACUGUGUCACCGCUACACCCUGUAAAAAAGAUGGACAACUAAAAAUAGCAGAAAGUGUCCCUCCCUUGCCCCCCCCCCCCCAUGCUCCCUGGCUAGAAGCAACGGUUGAGCUGAGCCCAGGUUACCUUGCUUGCUUUCACAUGAUUGCUAACUGCAGUGGCCAUGGAAGACAACCGCUUGCUUGUGGCAGCAAAUCGAUCACAUCGUACGGAUCGUUAAUGCUGCUGGUGUGGUGACGCAUUUGUUGCGUGGAGGCACCGGUGGCAACGGCGUGUUGCUAUUCACGGGCUCCGAAACAUGCAAGCCAAAUGCUUAGAAUGUGCCCAUACGUAUGUUAAUGUUAUUUGAAUUUUACUGAAAAAAAUCUUAAGUUAUCUAUUUCCGCAGCUUAUCGAACAAUGUAUGUUAAUCCAUGUAAAUGAUGUAAGCUAAUUUCAACUUGUAAACUAUUUCACACUUGACACAGUUGGAUCUGUGUCGGAGACAAGUGUGGGUUUGUAAUGAAGCUGCUGCUGAGUGGGAGUGGGUUUCCGGGAAAUUCUAACGACUCUAGCUGCAUAUGAGGGCACGCAAUGUGCAGGUUGGCACAAACAGCGCCUGCACACACUAUAGUCAUGUCACUGAUCGAUUAUAUUAUGGUGCAGCAGCACCGGGUUAUAAUUUGAACACCAUCUCGCCAGUGUGCGUUCUCGCGUUACGUGGCCUGUGCACUGAAUCUGGGCAUUUACUCGUGGGAGGAAUGUUCUCGAUGGAUAAUUUUGAAUAAAAUAUGUAAUUAAAAAAAAA